AAAAAUAAUCAAUCAAUGAUUUAACCAAGGAUGUUCUAUAACUUAUUCUAUAGAAUACCUUUUUUUAUGAUCAGGUUCUAAUAUUUUAUUGAAAAGAUCUUUCAUUUCUUCACAAAAAGAGUUAUCUUAUUAUGAUAAUUUAGCUAGAAUUGACUUAAACUAAGACCAAAACUUUUCUUAUUAUUCUUUAUAAAAAUGUUUAUAUCUUUAAUCUGUUUUCCUAGCACUCCCACAGAAAGGUAACUAAUAGAAAAUAACAAUAAAAAAGCUCACUCCAAGUGCAAAUACGUCAUUGGAUUUUUCAUCAGAAGGGGUUCUAGGUCUUUUUCCAUUUAAAACUUUAAUCAACUCAGGGGCCACAUAUUAUUUACAUCUGAGUUUCCAUUCUUUUUUUAAAUGUUAAUAUUUGUUAAUUUUCCUUAAGUUUUAUUAAAAAACUGAAUUUCUUUUGUAUUUUCCUGGUUUAGGUAAAAGCACUGAAAAUCCAAAAUCCGCCAAUUUAAAAUCACUAAUUUCAUCAAAAAUGAAAAUAUUAUCUGGUUUUAUAUCAUUAUGCGAAAUAUAAUUAGUAUGCAAAUAAUAAACCGCCUAGGCAAUUUAUUUAAAGGCUACUCUUAUUAAAGAUAAAUUAACUUUUCCAUGUCUUUAAUUUUUCGCAAAUUACAUCAAAUUAAACUUAGCUUAGGGUAAUAUUAUCCCACAAAAAUUUUUAUCUUAUACAAAUUCUUCAAAUCCUAAGGAAAUAAUAUUCUCAUGCUUUAUUUUGCUCAGAAUUUUGAAUUCAUUUUUUAAUUCAUGGCAUUCUGAUUAAUGUAAAUGGCUCAGUUUGUGAUUAAUUAGUUUUAUUACUUUACCAGCCGGAAGGUCAGUGUCAGAGUAUUUCAAUUCAAAAAUUUUAGAAUUUGAUGAUCGGCCUAUUAACCUUUAUCUAUAUUGCUUCAAAAAAGCGGAGUUAGGCUUAAAUUCUUACUCGUUUAUUUAAUUUGAAAGGUUAUCGUCUGAUUCUUCUUCUGAUAGUUGCUCUUCACAUUUUUUCUUGAGUUCUUCCUAAUAAUAUUUGCGGUCUAUUGCUGCUUGUCUUUUUAAUUAGUGGUAGGUUUCUGUUUAUAUUAUGGGCUUUCGUCCCCUAGUCUUAGUACUAAUAGUCUUUUUUGUCGCAAUAUUCGAUAUACCGGUUGUGGAUAUAAAUAUUGGGCGUUUU